CCCUCUCCAGCCUGCGGCACCCCGGUCGAUGACAGACCAGUGUCACUGGCGCGCUUCAGAACCUUGCUGACUUCAUCUCCGGCCUCAAUUUCUCGCCAGAAUUGGUCUUUUUUCUCCCCUUCGUCCUUUUUCCGCUCGCUCGCUCGCUCGUUUGACUUGGCCGUUUGCCGUGGAGGUCGCGCAGCCUCGUGUCGCAACACGUUGCACUUCUGGUGGCCGCUCCAAUUCGCCACAUCUCUACUCGGCGCUUGCUCCUUUCGGAUCAAGAUCCCACCCGGGCGCCCGGCCGGGCUGUGCUGAACAAAACCGAUACUUCGGGCGUCACUUGCCAUCGCUUUGUUAACCGGCGACCACUCUACGACGUUGUGAUUCUUUGGUUUUCGCACCGACGACUCGCGACAAUGCCUUGUGGAAUCGGGGGUUCCAAGACAGUCCAGCGCAAGCUUGUUCUCCUAGGGGACGGUGCUUGCGGAAAGACCUCGUUGCUCAACGUCUUCACUCGAGGCUAUUUCCCCACCGUUUACGAACCGACAGUCUUCGAAAACUACGUCCACGAUAUCUUUGUUGACAACGUCCAUAUCGAGCUGUCACUAUGGGAUACAGCAGGACAGGAGGAGUUCGACAGGUUACGGAGUCUGUCAUAUGACGACACGGACCUGAUCAUGCUCUGCUACUCGGUGGAUAGCAAAGACUCGCUCGAAAACGUCGAGAGCAAGUGGGUGGGCGAGAUUGCCGACAACUGCCCGGGAGUUAAGCUUGUUCUGGUGGCGCUGAAGUGCGACCUGCGGGAGGCGGCCGAGGAAGACGACGGGCCGGGCGAGGACGGAAACCCGCGGGAGAAGAAGCCGAUGAUCAACUACGACCAAGGGCUUGAAGUCGCUCGCCGCAUCCACGCUCUCCGGUAUCUCGAGUGCUCCGCCAUGCGAAAUCGGGGAGUCAACGAGGCCUUCACAGAAGCCGCCCGUGUCGCGCUUUCGGUGAAGAAGGAAAGCGACGAAUCCAAGUGUACUGUCAUGUGAGUGGGACAGAAGUUUGUUUUUGACGACUCUCGAUACCCAGUCCGAAGCGCCUCAGACCUCAUGACGCAUGCGAACCUGCCGAUGGAUGAUGCCCUCAUUCGGGAGUCGGACACCGAUGGGGGUUCAAUUGUCGGACUCGCUCUAAGCUUGGGCAUUCCGCGACAUUGGCAAGAUGCUACCUCUGUUGUCAUGCUUUAUUAGUUCUUUUUCCGUUCCCCACCGGG